AUGUCGUCACAACCACAAUCUACCGAGUUGCAACGAAGACGGCGCAAGGCCCUUGCCGAUGCUUUGGCGGGGGUCGUUGCCACAUUGGUUUCACUAUGGACGUUCUAUCCGAUUGACGUACUGAAAACCAAGUUACAAGCCGGAGUGGUGGACAAGGGAUCAUCAAGUUUUUUUCGCGGACUUCCCAUCAAAACCCUCCAUGCGGCAUCGUCGAGUUUCUGUUACUUCUAUCUCUACUCUUUUAUUGUCAGUUGGUGGACUCAAGGCAACCAAAAGAAGCCCAUGUCUCCCGCGGUACGGCUGUCGCUCUCGGCCAUUGCGGCCAUGCUGAACACCCUUAUCACUCUGCCGUUGGACGUCUUGGCGUCCAAGAGCCAGGCAUCCCAUGACGACGAUGAUUGCAGUACUGCAGUCGAUGAGACGCAACAAGAAGAGAGCGAUUCAUCCUGUUCUGCUGAUGAAGAGGAUCACUUAAAACAAAAACACCUACAAGCACAGCAAUUCAGGAUGGAUCAGGUCUGGAGAGAACUUGAAAAACAGCCAAACCCAGCCAGAGCCCAGAUCGAUGGGGAAGUCUUUUAUGAUUCAUGUUCUGAAGCACCCCGACCACACAGCAAUCAGUCUAGUUUUGAUGACGAAGAAAAGCAGGAAGAACAGGACAACGGUUCGGCAUGUGGGAGCUUUCGUAAGGGAAACUUGACCGUCACAGUCAGAACCACAUCAGCAAGGGCACCAGAACAAGGAUCAAUUCCUUCUAAAAAGCAAACAAUUCUGUUUGCCAAGCAGACUAGUGGGGGGCAAAGAGAAGAACCAAAACGCCAACCAAAGCAGCUACGCAAAUCGUACUCGAUGGAGUCUCUUUCGGACCUACCGCCUCUCUGGAAAGGCCUCUAUCCAUCCUUGCUUUUGUGUAGCAAUCCAUCGAUCCACUACACGGUAUUUGACAUGGCCAAAUCAAAUCUAUUGCGACGCACAACCAAGUCCAACUUGUCCAUGACGGAAGCCUUCUUACUUGGAUUGUUUGCCAAGUUUUGUGCCACCAUGGCCACCUACCCACUCAUUCGAGCCAAGGUGAUGAUCAUGGUCACCCACCGUAGCAGUAUGCUGGCAACUUUGAUCGAGAGCUAUCGAUCGAAUGGGAUGGUCAAGGGAUGGUACAAGGGAUGUUCCGUGCAACUGUUGCAUACGGUCCUCAAGAGUGCCCUCCUCAUGAUGGUCAAGGAACGCAUUGCUACCACCACGCACCGCCUCCUUGUGCCCUCCAAGCCUGCUGCGACGGCUGCUGGAGUACGUAGGUGA